UAGCCCCGCCUUCCUCCUCUGCCUUUUCCUCUUCUCGGGUCAGGCCCAGUAGGGCUGUGUGGCCGGGCGGCUGUAGGUGUCGACGGAGUUGAGGCACCCUAGGGCGGGAUGGUGCCUCAGAGCCAGGUUACUGUGUUGUAUUUUGCAAGAAGUGCUGAAUUAGCAGGUGUUCGUUCAGAGACCUUUGCUGUGCCACAACAGAUUAAGUCUCUGAAGCUGUGGGAAGAGAUUGAAAGUCGACAUCCUAGGUUAGCUGAUGUACGAGAUCAAGUGAUAUUUGCUGUUCGUCAGGAAUAUGUCCAGCUUGGAGAUCAACUCCUGUUCCUACAACCAGGCGACGAGAUUGCAGUUAUUCCCCCCAUUAGUGGAGGAUAAUAUCUCUGGGAUGUUGGGGUAGGUAUGUUUACCACUUG